CCUACUGUCCUGCACCCGCACCAACAUGAAGGUCCUGAUGAUGAUUGUGUUGGGCGUGGUGGCCAUGGCCGCCGCCCGUCCGUCUGACAUCAUCGACAUCGAGGAGGACCACCUGGAGCACGAGCAGGAGGGCGUACCAGGCACGGCCGUCGAGGGCGAGUACUCGUGGGUAGCGCCCGACGGUAACGAGUACAAGAUCAAGUACGUCGCCGACCACUUCGGAUACCGCGUCGUCGAGGACAACGUCGUGCCUCAGUUCCGCGCCCUGGAGGUCGCCGAUCCAGCUCCCAAGAUAGAAGAAGAAGAAGAGGAUGAGGAGCCAGUGAUUCGAGACUCUGAUAUGGAGGAAGAAGAGAUGAUUGACAUUCGUGCAGCUGAGGACAUGAAGAAAGACGAGGAAGACAAAUAGACAAGACUAUGUAAAAUGUCUCCUGUCUUCCGUUGUUUCUUCACCUCAGGGAGUUGUGUUGUUCCCUGCAUUACCUUCUCUCUGUAAUUCAUUUUCGAAAUAAAGAAUAUCUGUGCCA